CUCAAAUUGAAGCAAGAUGGCGUGGUUUUCCUCUGGCACGACGAACGACGAGUUGGCGAUGGCCCUCAAAGGUCACGACAUCAUCAAGUCCAAGGAAGUGCUGGAUGCAUUCCGACAGGUCGAUCGCGCUUUCUUUGUUCCUCGAACCAUGCUUUCCAGGGCUUACAAAGAUUACCCGAUUCGAGAAGGCACCCUGCACUUGAGCGCCCCACACAUCUACGCUCAAGUGAUGGAAGCGCUGGAACUUCAUCCUGGCGCGUCAUUUUUGAAUGUUGGGUCGGGAAGCGGGUACUUGUCGUGCUUGGUGGGUGCGAUCACGGGCAAGGAUUCCAUCAACCACGGGCUUGAAAUCGACCCCGGCGUCGUCGACUCGUGUCGGGCUUCGUUGACUCAAUAUGCGAACCACCAACGUCGAGGUAGCGCUCGUGACGCGCCACCCAACAAUCAGGUCGACGACUCGGACGACGAGGAUGGCGGCACCAGCGAACUCUCUGACGAGGACAUGCACGAGGUUGAAGUUCCCCAGCAAGGCAUUGAACGAGCCAACAAGCAAGUCGAUGCGAGUUUCAGUGUGUGCCACGUCGUGUGCGGCGACGUGUUUCGCAUGAAUGUGGCCAAGAACAUGAAAUACGACCGCAUUUACGUGGGCGCGAGGGCCCCCGAGCGGUUGCAGGACAUGAUGAAGGAGCUUCUGAAUCCGUUUGGAAUUGUCGUGGGGCCCUUUGAAGGCAAACUGAAGAAGAUCCGCCGCCGCGACGGCGACCAAUUCUCGGAGGUGGUGCUGGGCAAUGUCACAUUUGCCCCGAUGCGCGAAGUGUCCAACAAUGGCGACCCGAUUGAGGACGCCAUUUGUUAUUUUCCGCCCCAAGUGUGGUCACAACAGCGCCAUCAGACGUAUCCCCGUCGAUUCAAAGAAGCCGUUCAUUCGCUCAUGACGACGGACAGCCGCUUGCCGUCCACGCUGUGGCUGCGGGUGUUUGAGUAGGAUGGGUUGACGAACCAUACACGUUAGGUGACAUUUGUGGGCUUAGGUUUUGCUCGUAUGAUUGGUUCCACGAAGAGCUGAACGACAUGGCCAAGCUACGUGUGCUGCUGGAGAUUGAGUCGAAUUCGCGCGAAGAUGCCGAGAAGCGAGCGCUUAAAGCUGAAGUCGAGCGCGACAAGUUCCGCUUGCUGUUGUGGCGCCAGCAAAACCAGAUCCAGCACCUCAUGGCGAGGUCGUGUCCUUGAUGAGUAUGUACGCGGCAAUGGUGAUGUGGGAUUGUGGCGUGCGUAGGUUGGCGCGAGGGGAAUUGCAAGAAAAUGCGAACAACCCGAUCAGGGCCGGCCACGAAGGCGACGCAGGGGAUGACGAUGAGUUGGUGUCAAGCGACGACGAUAUGUCGGACGACGACGACGACCUUUAGCAACACAUGAUGCAUUUGCAAUGUAUUUUGUACCAUUAAGUAGGAGAAAUGGAAACACUAGGAUGUGCACGACAUGGUACAGUUUCUGGAGAGUGUGAGAGGUCGCUAUGCCACGUCACACGCUAACUGGAAAACAUUAAUAUAAUUAAGGCAAACUGCUAACAUAUAAUUAAGGCAAACUGCA